AUGAAGACUCCAAUCCUCUUCCUACUUCCACCGUUCGCUCAAAUUCUUCUCAUCGCCGUCCUGCCAUUCACAUCCGCUGACCUCGUCGGCUCCACGUGCAACAGGACACCGUACCCCGUCUUCUGUGCCGCGGCUCUCAGGGUCGACCCCCGGAGCUCGACCGCGGACACCAAAACCCUAGGCCUAAUCAUGGUUGACCAGGUCCGAGGGCACGCCAAGUCGAUUUUGACCAGAAUCAAGUACUUGCGCGGCAAAGUCCCCCACCCGAUGACGAAGCUGGCGCUGUCCUCUUGCGAGCACUCGUACAGAAUCAUCAUAAGCGCUAUGGUGCCCCCGAGCAAGGAAGGUUUGAUGAAAGGGGACUACAAGUUCACCGUGGAGUACAUGAACGCUGCGGCAAACGAUGCAUUGGAGUGCGAAGCGGGCUUCGGAGGUUCAAAGUCAGCACUAUCGGACUCGAAUGAUUACGUGCGCAAAGCUGCCCUGGUGGCUUCCGCCAUUGCCAGUUUAUUGCUGUAAGCA